ACAGAGCUCGGUACGCGUGGCUCAGGCGAAUGCAAGUCUGUGAUUGACUGCUUCACGACCUCGGAAAAAAACUCGUGGCAUUUCAUUAACGCGUCUGAGGAUGUGCAACAAGUUGAUUGAAGGGAAUUAAGGCUUGAUGUGAGCGUCUAUAGAAGUCUGUGUGUCGAAAACCUUCAAGGAUAUACAUGGUAAUGUAAAGAAAACGCAAAUAGUUGACCUAAAAGUUUUGAAACGGGAGUUAACCUACGCAAUAUACUACUCAAGGCAUCGGCUAUGUUCCGGUGGGAGACCCAGACUAAUCCCUCUUAGAUGCGAAACAGCCUUGCGAAAAAAUGACUGUGGUUAAAGAAACAAUACAUUGAUACAAACGGAGCAGUGAGUGUGCGUAAAGCGAUCAGCAUAUCCAAGGACCCGCUGCAACGCUAGCAACAAAGAUGUGUUGAUGCAAGAAGCUGCAAUCCUUCUCGAACUGACUUGUAAACAACCCUAGAAAUAUUUUGAUAACUGAGAUUUUGUUAGUGCUUUUCACCGAGUGAGGCAAAAGAGAUUUUCUUCGGGAAUAAGGAAGGAGAUUCAGCAGCUGCGUGGGGCCGCUGACCGCGUCGCCGCGACGUCACCACAACUGCCAUUAUUUUGUCACCACAUCUUUAACCUUUAUUGACCGCAUCUGCUUCCUUCCGUCACCACUACUGCGUCUUCUGGCCUGCGUCUGUUCUUCCCUUCAUUUGCGCGGGUUUUGCCCCAACGACACGGCGGCGAACCUCUGCCUGAACCGCGGGGAUCUCCGUCGCUACGAGUGUGCUGUGCUGCCACCCUAGAUUUUUGUCUGCGUGGCUGAAACUCCAUCCCUGCCGCCACUGUGGCCUUCGGUCGCCGCCGCAGUGUUCCUAGCCACUCCGCCCGCACACCAGCGCCCCUUGUGACAGGUGUGUGGCCACGCCGUCCUCCCUGCGACCGCGGCGCCGAGGGUGGCCGGGCUGCAGCUGCGGCGUGGGAGCGGGUGUCGUCACCUGUCUCGCCGAAGACACUAUCAGGCCGCGCGCAUCGCCUAAUCAGCUGACCUGGAGAGGAGGUCGUUCGUCUCGGGUGACUCUCCGCCGCUUCGGGUCGGGCCGUGGGAUCCCACCGCCCGGCGAGGCUCCUCUCCCUACGGCUCCUCUUAUCAGAUGGAGGACCUGUAGUGUCCUGCCCGCGCGCAUCGUGAUCGGCAGGAUCUUGUGACUGUCAUCCCGUCAUCGCGUGUGAUUGUGACAUUCGCGGCCAUGAAAGUAUGAAGAAACACUUGAGUGUGCGCUUUCCCGACCUCGAGCGACCAAGGACACAGAAAUAGACGCGAGGUGCCCACCAGCGCCGCAUCCGGACGCCGCAGCGCGCUUGCAGGAACGGCGGGCUGCGACAGGCGGCGCCACGCCGGGAGCAGCGGCAAGUUAGGAGCAGCCGCAGGCUAGGAGUCGCGGCAGCCUGCACACAGCGUGUCGUGGAUGAUGGCGGGAGUCAUGUACCAGGGUUACGCCUCGUAUCUGCAAGCCUACCAGCGGCACUCCAACCCCUACUGCCCGACCACGCCGCUCGCCCUCAACCACUAUGAUAAGAAGUACCGGCUGCAGGACGCGGCAGGCGGAGGAGGAGCCUCACAGCCGCCCACACCCGACCUGCAACAGCAGCAGCAGCAGCAGCAGCAGCACCAGCAGUUUUCGUCGCCGUCCACCAGCAGUGCGGCGGCGGCAGCGCUACCGAACCCGCAAACCGCGUCCGCGCCCGUCGUCGCCCCCACGCCCGCAGCGCCGCCCGCGACCCCCGCCGCCGCCGCCGCCGCCGCCGCCGCACACGCGGGGUCCUCGCCCGUAGCCUCGCAGCAGCAGCAGACGCAGCAGCAGCAGCAGGCUGUUUCACACAGUACGAAGUCUGAGGAAAAGGCCGAACAGCAUGCCGACGCCCACUAUAUCUCAGCGAACUGCGUCGUCCUCACGUACUUCAGCGGAGACCUCGCCACGGCAGUCGACGAGCACUUCUCAAGGGCUCUUACCCAGUCUUUUAGCAAGUCCACCAAAGAUCCGUGCCCUAUGUCCCAGAGGAACCUCCCGGCGUCCUUCUGGAACAGCCACUACCACGCGGGUAUGUCCGGGUACCCGACGGCGGGCAGCUCCGUCACCCUCACAGGCCACGAGUCCUUGUAUCCGGAUUACUCCAGCCUGCACGGCCUACACCAGGGGGAUCCGUGGGCCUACAAUCUCACGGCGGCGGGGCAGUAUGGGCAUCACCGGUCUAUGGCAGAUUUUACGUACAUGCCAUCGUCUUCCAGGUACCCUCACAACUACUCCUCGCUCCUGAUGGGUCGUCCUCGACUGCCGCAGUGUGUCGUGGGCAAAGCUGAUCCUUGGAGCACCGCGCCCCGCCUUCACGAUGACGUCACCCUCGAUCCGACGGCGGCCUACACUCAUCACUUCUCGUCUAUGACAGGUCUGGAAGGCACGGGAGCGACCCAAGAGGCGAGCAAGGAUCUGUACUGGUUCUAGAAGGUUCUUCCUGACACGGAGAGGGUUCUAGAAGGUUCUACCUGGCACGGAGAGGGUUCUAGAGGUUCUUCC